AUGGCUCUCAAAGCAGACGACGUGAGGCCCGAUCCCACUUCAGAUCUCCAUUGGUCGGACUACCGGGGAGCCAUUCACGAGAUCUUCGCGGAAAACGCACAGAAGCACCCGGAUCGAUCGUGCGUAGUUGAGACGGCAUCUUCAACUUCACCCAGGCGAGACUUCAGCUAUCGAACAAUCAACGAGGCCUCGAACGCCGUUGCUCAUCAUCUCGUCAGCAAUGGCGUUCAGCGCGGCGAGGUGGUCAUGGUCUACGCGUACAGAGGCGUAGAUCUCGUCGUGGCCGUUAUGGGCGUCUUGAAAGCCGGUGCAACGUUCAGUGUCAUCGACCCGGCAUACCCUCCCGACCGUCAGAUCAUCUACCUAGAAGUCGCUCAACCGAGAGCACUCAUCAAUAUAGAAAAGGCAAUCCAGGAUGCGGGACCACUGCACGAAAGCGUCAGGAAGUUUAUCACGGAGAAAUUACAGCUUCGGACUGAGGUACCUGCGCUCAAACUCCAGGACGAUGGGUCUGUCGUGGGAGGCGCCUUGGGAAGUGGCGCAGACUGUCUGAAGGAACAGCUCGCCAACAAGGCGAAUCUACCGGGAGUCCUUGUCGGGCCUGAUAGUAAUCCUACGUUGUCCUUCACCUCUGGCUCCGAAGGCAGACCCAAGGGCGUCAAGGGUCGACACUUCUCGUUGGCAUACUACUUCCCUUGGAUGUCCCAAAGGUUCAACCUGACCGAGAAAGAGCGCUUUACCAUGCUGAGCGGCAUUGCGCACGAUCCCAUCCAGAGAGAUAUCUUCACACCGCUUUUCCUCGGAGCUAGCUUGAUCGUACCGCCAGCAGAAGACAUCACAUUCGAUCGAUUGGCAAGAUGGGCUAGUGAGAACGAAGUCACAGUAACUCACUUGACACCAGCCAUGGGUCAGAUUCUCCUAGGGAGUACGGAACCAAAGGUUGACAGUUUGCAUGCUGCAUUCUUCGUCGGCGACGUUCUGUUAAAGCGUGACUGCCGACGUCUGCAACAACUAGCGCCAAACUGCAGGAUCAAGAACAUGUACGGUACCACUGAGACCCAACGAGCCGUCAGCUAUUACGAGAUUCCUUCUCUGAAUGAGGACGCCGGCUAUCUCGAGAAGAUGGGCGAUGUGAUUCCGGCUGGAAUGGGAAUGAUCGAUGUGCAACUUCUGGUGGUGGACCGCGAGAACAAGGAACGACAGUGCGAAGUCGGCGAGAUUGGUGAGAUCUAUGUCAGAGCAGGUGGUCUGGCAGAAGGAUACCUUGGUGAUCCGGAUAAGAACGCUGAGAAGUUCAAAGACAACUGGUUUGUGAAUAACCAAGGUUGGGUCGAUGAGGAUAAAGCGAGAGUUGAAGCAGCAGGGAAGUCCGAGCCGUGGAGGGAGCAAUACUUUGGUCCGCGAGACCGCAUGUACCGGUCUGGCGACCUUGGCCGCUACAUGCCAGAUGGCAACGUAGAGUGUGUCGGCCGUGCCGAUGACCAAGUCAAGAUCCGCGGAUUCCGCAUAGAGCUUGGAGAGAUUGACACACAUCUGAGCCAGCAUCCAUUGAUUCGUGAGAACGUCACCUUGGUGAAGCGAGACCACAAUGAGGAGCAGAUCUUGGCAUCUUACUAUGUACCAGACAUGCAGAAGUGGAGAGAAUGGUAUGCUGAGCAGGAGGAGCGCGCUCAAAGCAAAGCACCAGACGGCACGCUGCAACCUGCGCAAGGGACACCUCGACGCAGAGUGUCCGCAAACGAGGAACAUGGACUCGCGGACCGGAUGAAGAUUUUUGAGCUCCUCACCUCGGAUGUCCGUGAGCGCCUGAAGAAGAAGCUGCCCACCUACGCAAUUCCUACACUCUUCAUUCCUAUGCUUCGACUGCCUCUGACGCCUAACGGCAAGAUAGACAGGAGAGCACUUCCGUUCCCGGCAGAGGCUGAUCUCCUCGGAGCAAUGCCAAAGGCAGUCGAUAUCGAGUCUCGCACCGAGACGGAGUCCGCUCUCGCGGAAAUCUGGGCUUUCCACCUCAAGUCACGAAAUCACACCUCGGACACGCUGCCACGAGACACCAGCUUCUAUGACCUUGGCGGGGACAGUAUAAUGUCUGUUCAGAUUGUUCCAAAGAUCAACAAGAAGUGGCAAGGCGCGAACGUGCCCAUGUCGGUGAUGGCUGGUGGACAGCCUACGCUGAAGAGCGUCGCGAGAUAUAUCGACCGAACAUUGGAUCCUGUGGGUCUGCGACUAGACACGACUGAAGAGAAUGACGAGCAACAAAUCGAGCACUACGCAAACGACCUUCCAAACCAAAUUGCACAGCUUCCGGCUUCAAUACCUGGUGGAUCGAUGUCCUCAAUUGAGGCGGGCAUCAACGUUCUGUUGACCGGUGCCACUGGCUUCCUCGGAGCAUACAUCUUGAACGAUGCGCUCAUGCGAAAUCCUCCGAACCACGUAUACGCACAUGUCCGAGCACCUUCACCUGCCGCUGGUUUAGAACGAAUCAGACAGACCUGCACCGCCUAUGGUCUUUGGCAAGAUUGGUGGGCAACAGAGGGUAACCUUGAGGUUGUAAUUGGCGACCUCGAACAGCCAAAGCUCGGGCUCGGCGAUGCGGAUUACAAGAAAGUCACAGAAGACGCAGACCUCAUCAUCCACAACGGCGCAAGAGUUCAUUGGCUUAUGCCGUACGAAAACUUGAAGGCGGCCAACGUCGCGAGCACGAUUGAAGCCAUCAAGAUAUGCACUACCGGCAAGCCAAAGCGACUUUCUUUCGUCAGCUCCACCAGUGCACUAGACACCGAUCAUUUUGUGCAGCAAUCUGAUGCCGGUCAAGCUGUGCUUGAGUCAGAUGAUCUUGCCAGCAGCAGUCAGGGCUUAGGUACGGGAUACGGGCAGAGCAAAUGGGUGUCUGAGGCCGUCAUAAGAGAGGCAAACAAGCGUGGCCUGAACGCUGUAAUCAUUCGUUCAGGCUAUGUGAUGGGAGACCCAACCAAUGGGGUGAGCAACACCGAUGACUUCUUGGUGCGAAUGCUCAAGGGCUGUGUCCAAGUCGGGGCUCGCCCUGAUGUUGAAAACACCAUCAACAUGGUACCGGUCACGGGAGUGGCUCGUCUCGUCAACGCUGUCUCCUUCUUCGGCGAGAGCGGUCAGGUCGCGCACGUCGAUGCUCAUCCCCGACUCACAUUCAAUCAAUACCUAAGCACUCUACAGACCUACGGAUACGAUGUCCCUCUUCUCCCGUACGACACUUGGAAGCAGAAGGUCGAACGAUACGUGGAGGCAGGACACUCUGGCAAUGACGAGCUGGCACUGCUCGGUCUGUAUCAUAUGGUCACUGGUGAUCUACCUGCUGCGACCAAAGCACCCAAUCUGGACGACCGCAACGCUCAACGUGCGCUUCACAUUGAUGCCGAAAUCACCAAGCAGUCCUGUCCUUCGGCCGUGACGCCGGAAGCUGUCGGUACUUACCUCAAGUUCUUGAUCGACCGUGGAUUCAUGCCUCCUCCGAGUGGCAAGGGAACUCGUCUGCCAGACCUCAAACUGGAUGAGAAGCAGAUGGCAGCUCUGAAGAAGAUUGGUGGACGUGGAGGUGCUUCGUCUUAG